UGCAGUACUUACCUGUUCAUCAUGAUGAAGCUGAUAUUUUCUCUGACCCUUUACUUGGUACUCUCCAGCACAGCUCGGGCACUUCAGUGUCAGACUUGCACAGAUCUGCAGUGUUCAACCACAACGCCAGCCCCAUGUUCCUCAGAGACGAUGUGUGUAACAGCUUCCAUUCAAGCCUCUUUAUUUGGAACUCCAGCACAGCAAAUGUUCAAGGGGUGUGCAUCAUCCUCCCUGUGUCCAGCCACAGGCUCUCAGACAUUUUCAGCCAACUUGGGUGUUUCAGGUGCAGUUGCAUCUGCUAAGUGCUGCAACACAGAUAAUUGCAACACAGACACUCUACCGUUCCCUGCUGCUCAGACAGAUAACGCCCUACAGUGUUUCACUUGUAACCCCAUCAACUCUCAAUGUACUUCUCCAAUACAAUGUAGGGGGGAGGAGGACCGCUGCUUUCAAGCGAGUUGUGAGUCUUAA